CCGCAACAUGUAAUUGGCCUAUUAUACGGGAACAGGUAUGUAGGAGGCCAUGGGUGAAAGGCAGUGCGAGUCUAUGCGCGCAAACCGAGACCUCGUCUUGACGUUUUCAGCUCUGUCCGUCCAGAUUGCAGAUAUAAUUUCAAGCUCACAACAUGCCUUUUACCUCCAGCCAUCCCAGCAUCAAUGUUCCGGCAGUCGAUUUGCCGACGUUUUUCUUUGAGACAGUGAAGAGCAAGACCAUGGAGAGACAUACGACUCAGAUUGCUUCGGGACUAGCCAACAAUGCUGGUCUUGUUCGUGGCGACACACUUCUUGUGGUGCUGCCAAACACUGUUUACUAUUCCGCAAUCACGCUUGGCGUGCAGAUGCUCGGUGCAAUGGUCACCACGGCCAAUCCGCUGUAUACUGUGCGCGAACUUGCAAACCACAUAACGCUCUCUGGUGCCAGGAUGGUCGUUACAACCAAUGAGAAGCUGGCAGACAUCAAGGCGGCCGUGAAACACGCUGAGGCAGCGAUUGCAGAGUGCCAUGUUUUCACGAUCGAUGGUGAAAACUCCAUCUUCGACAUUCUCUGCACAGACGCCUUCCCGCAGAUCUACAUCAAUACCGAGGAGGAGGCAUCCCGCACCAUCGCAGCUAUCGUGUUCAGCUCUGGGACAGGCGGAAAACCAAAGGGCAUCAUGCUCAGCCACAGGAACAUUGUCGCAAACAUUGUCCAGAACAUGGCCGCCUUUGACAGCGAUAAGCCCCUUUGCGCACGGAUGGCAGCGACUGACGGAGUGCCCCACAUGAUUGCCAUCACUCCGUUCUUCCAUAUAUACGGGUUCACAUGCCACCUCCACCUCCAUCUCUGCCAGGGAUUUGCAGUAGUUGAGCCCUUCUGCCAGCUUGUUCAAAAGUACCGUGCUCGCACCGCACACAUCACCGCAGCCGUCAGAAAAUACGACUUGUCAAGCAUCGUCUACGUCACGAGCGGGGCAGCGCCGCUGACAAAGGAGCUCCACUUGGAGGCCCAGCGCACGCUUGGAUUCCCAGUAAUUCAGGACUAUGGAAUGUCGGAGACAAGUCCCGCUGGUCGCCUCCUGCCAAACAUCACUGCAAAGGUUGUCAAUGACCAAGAUGCAGAGGUCGAACAAGGACAGGUGGGAGAGUUAUGUGUACGUGGGCCCAACAUCAUGCUAGGAUACCUGAACAAUCCAACUGCGACAGCAGAGUCAUUCGACUCUGAAGGAUAUCUACACACAGGCGAUAUUGGAUACAUCAACAGCAGCGGGAACGUCUUUAUCACCGAUCGCAAGAAGGAGCUGAUCAAGUACAAGGGCUUCCAGGCCUGUCUGAUUGACCACCCAGCGGUUCUGGACUGUGCUGUUAUCGGCGUCUACGAUGAGAAGCAGGCAACAGAGCUUCCCAAGGGUUAUAUCGUUGUCAGACCCGAGGCAGACAAGUCUGCUGUCAUUGAUGAUAUACAAGAGUGGCUGUCUACCCGUCUCCGUGGUGGUAUUGAGCUAGUUGACGCAAUCCCCAAGUCCCCGACUGGGAAGAUACUUCGCCGUGUUCUAAGGGAUCGCGAGCUGUGCAAAUGCAAGGGCGAGGUUAUGGACCAAUUGACGAGCCCCUAGAACAGAUCCAGGGAUCUGGCUACUAAGGCGCUCGUAGCUCUUCCUAGUUCUUUUUCCAGUUCUCUUCCUAGUUCUCUUCC